AUGGUGCUCACCAUGACCGCCGGCCAAGAGGACUCGCUCCUCCUGCUCCUCCUCCCGACCACCAACCAACUCCCGCCCCUCGUGGCAGCCCUCGUCCUGGCUGCCGUACUCCUGUGGCUCUCCCCCGGAGGGCCAGCGUGGGCGCUCUCCCGCUGCCGCCGCCCGCCAUCCGGCCCACCGGGCGUGGUCACCGCGCUCUCCAGCCCCGUGGCGCACCGCGCGCUGGCGGCGCUGUCCCGCGCCGUCGACGGCGGCGCGGCAUUGAUGGCCUUCUCGGUCGGCCUCACGCGGCUCGUGGUGUCGAGCCAUCCGGGCACGGCGCGCGAGAUCCUUGUCAGCCCGGCGUUCGGCGACCGCCCCGUCAAGGACGCGGCGCGCCACCUGCUCUUCCACCGCGCCAUGGGCUUCGCCCCGUCCGGCGACGCGCACUGGCGUGGGCUCCGCCGCCUCGCCGCCGCGCACCUGUUCGGCCCUCGAUGCGUGGCCGGUGCCGCGCAUCGCCGCGCCUCCAUCGGCGCAACCAUGGUCUCCGACGUCGCCGCCGCCAUGGCCCGCCACGGCGAGGUCUCCCUGAAGCGCGUGCUGCACGCAGCGUCGCUCAACCACAUCAUGGCCACCGUCUUCGGCAAGCACUACGACGACUUGGCCAGCCAAGAGGGCGCCCUGCUGGAGGAGAUGGUGACCGAGGGCUACGAUCUCCUGGGGACUUUCAACUGGGCCGACCACCUGCCAUUGCUCAAGUGGCUCGACCUCCAGGGCGUGGGGCGCCGGUGCAACAGGUUAGUCCAGAAGGUUGAAGUGUUCGUUGGCAAGAUCAUCCAGGAGCACAGGGCGAGGCGUGCGAAUGGAGGAGUCUCCGACGAGUUCAUGGGCGACUUCGUCGACGUCCUCCUAGGCCUAGAGGGAGACGAAAAGCUGUCAGAUUCCGACAUGAUCUCUGUUCUUUGGGAAAUGAUCUUCAGAGGCACCGAUACGGUGGCGAUCUUGAUGGAGUGGAUCAUGGCGAGGAUGGUGCUACACCCUGACAUCCAGGCGAAGGCGCAGGCGGAGCUGGACGCCGUCGUGGGGCGCGGCCUCGGCGUCACGGACGCCGACGUGGCCAACCUCCCCUACAUCCAGUGCAUCGUGAAGGAGACGCUGCGCAUGCACCCUCCGGGCCCGCUCCUCUCGUGGGCGCGCCUCGCCAUCCACGACGCGCACGUCGGCGGCCACCUCGUCCCCGCCGGCACGACAGCGAUGGUGAACAUGUGGGCCAUCGCGCACGACCCCGCCAUCUGGGCCGAGCCGGAGGCGUUCCGCCCCGAGCGCUUCCAGGAGGAGGACGUGAGCGUGCUCGGGAGCGACCUCCGCCUGGCCCCGUUCGGCGCCGGCCGCCGCGUCUGCCCGGGCAAGAUGCUGGCGCUCGCCACCACCCACCUCUGGAUCGCCCAGCUGCUGCACCAGUUCGAGUGGGCCCCCGCGGCCGCCGCCGGCGGCGUCGACCUGUCGGAGCGCCUGAACAUGUCGCUGGAGAUGGCGACGCCGCUGGUGUGCAAGGCCGCCCCCAGGGUCCAAGCAGCCUAAGCUGUCGUCAUCACCGUCAGGCCCUUCGUUUGCCCGCGUGUCCGACCAACCUCCAUGCAUGGCCGCGUCGUCUUCUUGAGCUGGUGUCUCUCUGAACCAAUGAUGGAAGCUACCAAAAGGUCGCCGUGCAUGGCGUCGUGAGUUUUCUUUACAUGUUCCGUGUGUCCAUGCAUGCCUCAGCUCCUAGGUUGUGGCUUGCUAAGUUUUGUGUGCUUCGUCGUGGCCGAAAAUAAUUUGCUGUGAUCGGCUCGGAUUAUAUAUAUGGCUUGUGAUAA